AUGUCAGCUGCCACUGAACCAACCAAGGAAAAGCCUGUUAACAACCAGGACUCCGAUGAUGAAGAUGAAGAUAUCGAUCAAUUGAUCGAAGACUUGCAAUCUCAUCACGGAUUAGACGAUGAAAGUGAAGAUGAUGAGCAUGUUGCUGCUGGUUCCGCUAGACCGGUUCCAGAAGAAUUAUUACAAACUGACCCAUCUUACGGUUUGACUUCUGAUGAAGUUACCAAGAGAAGAAAGAAGUAUGGUUUGAAUCAAAUGUCUGAAGAAACUGAAAACCUAUUUGUCAAGUUUUUGAUGUUCUUCAUCGGUCCAAUUCAAUUUGUUAUGGAAGCCGCUGCUAUUUUAGCUGCCGGUUUGGAAGAUUGGGUCGAUUUCGGUGUUAUCUGUGGUUUAUUGUUUUUGAACGCUGCUGUUGGUUUCAUCCAAGAAUACCAAGCUGGUUCUAUCGUUGACGAAUUGAAGAAGACUUUGGCUAACUCUGCCGUUGUUAUCAGAGAUGGUAACUUGGUUGAAGUUCCAUCUAACGAAGUCGUUCCAGGUGAUAUCUUGCAAUUGGAAGAUGGUGUUGUUAUUCCAGCCGAUGGUCGUUUGGUCACUGAAGACUGUUUCAUCCAAAUCGAUCAAUCUGCUAUCACUGGUGAAUCUUUGGCCGUCGACAAGAGAUUCGGUGACUCCACUUUCUCUUCUUCUACUGUUAAGAGAGGUGAAGCUUUCAUGAUCGUUACUGCUACUGGUGACUCCACUUUCGUCGGUAGAGCUGCUGCUUUGGUUAACAAGGCUGCUGCUGGUAGUGGUCAUUUCACUGAAGUUUUGAACGGUAUUGGUACGAUCUUGUUGAUCUUGGUUAUUGUUACCUUGUUGCUCGUUUGGGUUGCCUCCUUCUACAGAACUAACAAGAUUGUUAGAAUUUUGAGAUACACUUUGGCUAUCACCAUUGUCGGUGUCCCAGUCGGUUUGCCAGCUGUCGUUACCACCACCAUGGCUGUCGGUGCUGCUUACUUGGCUAAGAAACAAGCCAUUGUCCAAAAAUUGUCUGCCAUUGAAUCUUUGGCUGGUGUCGAAAUCUUGUGUUCUGACAAGACCGGUACUUUGACCAAGAACAAGUUGUCCUUACAUGAACCUUACACUGUUGAAGGUGUUGACCCAGAUGACUUGAUGUUGACUGCUUGUUUGGCUGCUUCUAGAAAGAAGAAGGGUUUGGAUGCCAUUGACAAGGCUUUCUUGAAAUCUUUGAUCUCUUACCCAAGAGCCAAGGCUGCUUUGACUAAGUACAAGUUGUUGGAAUUCCACCCAUUCGACCCUGUUUCCAAGAAGGUUACCGCUAUUGUCGAAUCUCCAGAAGGUGAAAGAAUCAUUUGUGUUAAGGGUGCUCCAUUGUUCGUCUUGAAGACUGUUGAAGAAGAACAUCCAAUUCCAGAAGAUGUCCGUGAAAACUACGAAAACAAGGUUGCUGAAUUGGCUUCCAGAGGUUUCAGAGCCUUGGGUGUUGCCAGAAAGAGAGGUGAAGGUCACUGGGAAAUUUUGGGUGUUAUGCCAUGUAUGGAUCCUCCAAGAGAUGACACUGCUCAAACUGUCAACGAAGCUAGACACUUGGGUUUGAGAGUUAAGAUGUUAACUGGUGACGCUGUCGGUAUUGCUAAGGAAACUUGUAGACAAUUGGGUUUGGGUACUAACAUUUACAACGCUGAAAGAUUAGGUCUAGGUGGUGGUGGUGACAUGCCAGGUUCCGAAUUGGCCGAUUUCGUUGAAAAUGCUGAUGGUUUCGCUGAAGUUUUCCCACAACACAAGUACAACGUCGUUGAAAUCUUGCAACAAAGAGGUUACUUGGUUGCUAUGACUGGUGACGGUGUUAACGAUGCCCCAUCUUUGAAGAAGGCUGAUACCGGUAUUGCUGUCGAAGGUGCUACCGAUGCCGCUAGAUCCGCUGCUGAUAUUGUUUUCUUGGCCCCAGGUUUGUCCGCUAUUAUUGACGCUUUGAAGACCUCUAGACAAAUUUUCCACAGAAUGUACUCUUACGUCGUUUACCGUAUCGCUUUGUCCCUACAUUUGGAAAUCUUCUUGGGUCUAUGGAUUGCUAUCUUGAACAGAUCUUUGAACAUUGACUUGGUUGUCUUCAUUGCUAUUUUCGCUGAUGUUGCUACCUUGGCUAUUGCUUACGAUAAUGCUCCAUACUCUCCAAAGCCUGUCAAGUGGAACUUGAGAAGACUAUGGGGUAUGUCCGUCAUCUUGGGUAUAAUUUUGGCUAUCGGUACUUGGAUCACCUUGACCACUAUGUUUGUUCCAAAGGGUGGUAUUAUCCAAAACUUCGGUUCCAUCGAUGGUGUUUUGUUCUUGCAAAUCUCCUUGACUGAAAACUGGUUGAUUUUCAUCACCAGAGCUGCUGGUCCAUUCUGGUCCUCUAUCCCAUCUUGGCAAUUAUCUGGUGCCGUUCUAAUCGUUGAUAUCAUCGCAACCAUGUUCUGUUUGUUCGGUUGGUGGUCUCAAAACUGGAACGACAUCGUUACCGUUGUCAGAGUCUGGAUUUUCUCUUUCGGUGUCUUCUGUGUCAUGGGUGGUGCUUACUACAUGAUGUCUGAAUCUGAAGCCUUUGACAGAUUCAUGAACGGUAAGUCUAGAAGAGACAAGCCAUCUGGCAGAUCCGUCGAAGAUUUCUUGAUGGCUAUGCAAAGAGUCUCCACUCAACACGAAAAGGAAAACUAA